AUGGACUUGUCAAGCGAUUUAAAAGACAAACUUUAUCAAUUUAUAAUAUGGUCAAGAGAUUCAGAUGAAAUAAAUCUAGCAUCAAGUAAUUCAGCAACAGUCCUUAAGAAAAGUGGAUUUUUAUUCACUAAUAAAGAUUUUUCUAAUGUAAAAAUCCCAAAAGCUGAUUUAUCAAAUUGUGUUUUUAUCAAUACAGAUUUUGAGAAUUCUGAUUUAAAUCAAGCCAUCUCAUUUUUGAUAAUAAUACACAAUACUAUUUACAUUUUUAAUAGUAAAUAUCUAAAUUUAAUUAAAAAUGGCGAUAUAUUUACCAAUAGUCAUAAAAGCAUUUUAUAUAUAGAUUUUGAAAAGAAUAAUUUCUCAUGAUCGACGUUUUAUUUGUCAAAGUUCUCCAAUACUAAUUUAAAUCAGGCUGAUUUUGGCUGAAAAGUUCAGCUGGAUACAAGAUGCAAAAUCAAGGCGGUAGCAUAUUCAAGAUGUGGAAAUUUUUUAGCGUCAAAUGCCGAUAUAAAAAAUAUAACUAUAUACCCGAGCACUAUUUUAAUCGGCUUCUCAAUCUUUUCCUGUAAUAAAAUGGAAGUUAUUUGGUUUGAAUAACAUAGUUCGAAUCAAUCGAAUUCUAUUUUACGUCGAAAAUAUCAGGAAGCCUGAGCUAAAAGAGUGCUUGGAUUAUAUGACAAAAUACAGACAAUUGAGAAAAAACUGCAGACCUUAUAGGUCACACACGAGAUGUUACGUCUUUAUCAUUUUCUCCUUGUUUAAAGUAUUUAAUAUCUGGAAGUAAAGAUUCUACUAUAAAAAUGUGGAGUCUAAGCACAUUUAAUUUGCUUCACGAUUAUAAAUGACACACCAAAGAAGUCCUUUCUGUUGAAUUUUCGCCAAAUGGAGAAUAUAUAGCUUCAAGUGGAAAAGAUUUAUUUAUAAUUAUAUGAAAUGUCUCUAAGCAUCAAAUUGAGUGAUCAAUUCAGCUUAAAUGUGCUAAAAUUAAGUCACUUUCAUGGUCUCCAAAUAGCAAUUUAUUAGGUUUUACCAAUAUUUUCCCAAAAAUAACAAUUUGAGACAUUUCAGCUAAAAAAUCGAUAUGAGAAAUUGACAAGCAAAAAAACAUAUAUAAUCACCUCAAUACAAAAGGAAGUAGAGCAAUUGCAUUUUCUCCAUGUGGAAAAUAUCUAGCGUGAAGUGGUAAAAAGAAUAGAAUUCAGCUAUGGAAAAUAAAUCCUCAAGAAAGAAUCUCAAUUUUUCAAAGUUUUGCAGGCUGUCUUUGUUUUUCUCAUGAUGGGAAAAAAAUAAUUUCUUGAAAUACAGAAAUUCCAAUAAAAAUUUGAAAAAUAGAUGACAGUAAAAAUAAUGGCAGUAUUAGCAGGCUUAAUGGAAUAGUUAAGUCUUUAUCACAGAGUCCUUGUGGAAAUUAUAUAGCAUCUGGAGGUCCUGGCAGGAAAUUAGUUGUUUCAAGACUUAAAAAACAAAAUUUGGAGAAUGGGCAUACCCCUGGAUCAGUUUUUGUUUCUUUAUCAAAAUGUAGUAAAAUUUUGGCAUCAGUGGACAAUCUUUGUCUUAUGAUAUGGGAUUUUAAUACUUAUCAGCUUAUCAAAAAAAUUAGUACACGAAAGUGUCAAGUAACUGCCAUAUCUUUAUCACAUGAUAGCAAUAUUAUUGCUUAUGCCGGAUGAAAAACAUCAAUAAUAUUGAUAUUCUUGAAUCAAAAUUUUUCUCAAGAAACCUUAGAGAACUCUAAAGACUCUAUUUCAAUAUCUUUUGCUCCUCAUUCAAAUCUUUUACUCUCUUCCAGACGAAAUCAAAUCGAUCUAUGAGAUGCCGACAAUAGAAUUUGACUGAAAACAAUUGGAAGUCAUAAAGAGCAAAUCACAUGCAUAGUCUGGUCUCCGAAAUCUGAAUUCAAUGGAUUUGCAUCAUCAAGUAGUGAUUUGUCAUUAAAAAUAUGAAUAGAUUUGACUUCUUCAACAAAUCUCUUAAUAGUUUUCUUUAUUUUUCUCUUCAAUUUUCCAAAUAUGAUUUAAUUUCUGAUAAAAUUUUUUGCAUUUCUGGUGCUGGAUUUUGAGCUCCUCUUGGUAGCUUAUUCGAGUUUCCAAAAUCUGAUGGUGAGUAGUGAUUUUGGCUACUUCCAAUAGGAUUGUUUUGGCUUCGAGUGAAUCAUAGAAAGGAAAAACACAAAAAAUCUGCCUCGACUCUCUGUCAAGGAUUGUGAGAUUGUGUCAAUGCCUUUUGACGAAACUGAUUCAGAAACCGAUGAAUUUUGCUCAAAUGAAGAAAUGUGGGAUGAAAUAGACUUUCUUGACCUGCAAAUGAAAAUGUUGGAAGAUGAACUCGAAGAAAAAGCCUGGGAGAAGAAGCCUGGGAUGAUGAAGUUGAAUCUGUUGAAGAAGGAACGGACGAAGCGGAGUUUCUGAGACUCUGGCUCGCUGGACAAGAAGGUGAGAUUCUGGAUGCUGGAGAGCUGAUCCUAGCCACAGGAUCCAUCAAUCAGGUACCGAUAGAGGUCGUCGAGUGGGUGAAGGUGGAAAGCAAGAAGACCAAAAGCCUGGAAAAUCAAAAUAGCCAGAAAAGCCAAAAAGACCAAAAAGACCAAAAAGACCAAAAAGACCAAAAAGACCAAAAAGACCAAAAAGACCAAAAAGACCAAAAAGACCAAAAAGACCAAAAAGACCAAAAAGACCAAAAAGACCAAAAAGACCAAAAAGACCAAAAAGACCAAAAAGACCAAAAAGACCAAAAAGACCAAAAAGACCAAAAAGACCAAAAAGACCAAAAAGACCAAAAAGACCAAAAAGACCAAAAAGACCAAAAAGACCAAAAAGACCAAAAAGACAAAAGAAUACGCAAGGCUAAAAAUCUGAAUGGGGGCGAAAGCUAUUGUAAGGGAGGAAAUGGAAAGUGGUGAAAAAAUAUGGAAAAAGAGGAAAAAGCCCAAACAGUCGGGUGUAAAUCAUCAGAAUUUUUGUAA